UCCUUUCUUUUGCUACUAAAGUUGUGUUUUUGCUGGCAUUUUUGGUCAUCUUUCUCUUACAAGAUUGUGGUUCGUGAGGUUCCUUAACUUUUAUGCUGAAAAAGCCAUAAGAUGAGUGGUACUCCUAAUAAAAGACCACAUGAGGAUGGUGGAAAUGGUGGCGCUAGUAGCCAUAGUUACUCUUCUGCUCCAAAGUACUCACAUGAUGACUCGGGUGCAUUUCCCAAGGUGAUGAGCUCGGGAACUUCUGAAUAUCAUGCCUCCUUUGACGUGGGCCAGAAUGCUCGGAUGCCGAAGAUUCAACGGACCGAAUCAUCACGAGAUGCAGAUAGAAGAUCUCCUGUGCUACCGAUGUACCGUGUGUCAUCAUGUCCAGUUGUUUCACAUCCUGAUCAUUCUGUUGCUUCAGAAAAUAGGUUGGUGGAGCCGAAGGAAAAUAACAAGGAGGUCAAAGUUGAGAAUCGUGAUGCAAAAAUUGAAUUAAGGGAGUUGUACCAAGGGGCUAAAGCUGACAAGGAUGAUAGAUUUGAGAACCGAGCUGAUGAUGGCAAGAACAUUAAACAUGAUAGGGAUACUUAUCCUGAAUAUAAGGGAGAUAUGAAGGCAGAUAAAGACAGGUUCAAUGCGGUGAGUUGGAAAGAUUCUAAAGAACAAAACAGGGGGAGAAUUGUAGAUCCAUGGAAUGCGUCAAGAACCCAUGGUGCGGCCGAGCUAGGAAAAGAAAACCCAAAUUCUGAGAACAGGGAUUUUUCUAAAGUGCGUGAAGCCAUUGCUGAAAAUAAGAUGGAUUCGAAAGGGGAUGAUAAAUACAAAGAUAAAGAUAGAAAAAGGAAAGAAGGGAAGCACCGGGAAUGGGGAGAGAGAGAUAAAGAAAGAAAUGAUUGUCGGAACAAUUUACAGUUAGGGAAUAGCACUUUUGAUAACAAGGAGUUGCUUAAAGAGGAAAGGGAAAAGGAAAGAAAUGAUCUUUUGAAGGAUAAGGACAGACCAAAGGACUGGGAAAAGGACCAUGUGAAGAGGGAAGUAGAAAUGGUCGAUGUUCCUGGGAAAACAAGUGAGCUGGAAAAUUCAACAGUGGAGCAGAAGAAACAGCAGAAAGAUGAUGAUAGCUGGAAAAAUACUGACAGAGAUGGAAGUGAGAGGAGAAAGGAAAGAGAUACUGAUUUGGAAGGAGAGAGGCCCGAGAAACGUGUCAGGUCUCAUGAUAAAGAUUCAGAGGAGGGAGAUUUGGAUACUGAAGGAGGUGGAGAAAGGGAAAAAGAAGCUUUUAAUUAUGGAGUUCAGCAGCGUAAGAGAAUGUCGCGGCCAAGAGGCAGUCCCAUGGCCAACCGCGAUCCUCGUUUUAGGUCACACACUCAUGAAAAUGAAGGAUCUCAAGUUAAGCAUGAUGUGUCUGCUGUCAAUUAUAGAGUUGGUGAGUGCAUGCAAGAGUUGAUUAAGUUAUGGAAGGAAUAUGAAUCAUCCCAAACUGAUAAAGCAGCUGAUAGCUCUCCAAUUGAUCCUACUCUAGAAAUUAGGAUUCCAGCUGAACACGUAUCAGCUACAAAUCGGCAGGUGAGAGGUGGCCAACUAUGGGGAACAGAUAUAUACACCAAUGACUCAGAUCUUGUUGCAGUUCUUAUGCACACAGGUUACUGUCGUACGACUGCUUCUCCUCUUCUGCCAACCAUUACGGAGUUAUGUGCUAUUAUCAGGGUGCUACCUCCACAAAAUUGCUACAUAUCUACUCUGAGAAACAAUGUGCGGUCACGUUCCUGGGGAGCUGCAGUUGGCUGCAGCUAUCGUAUUGAGCGGUGCUCUGUUGUGAAGAAAGGAGGUGGAACCAUCGAUCUUGAACCUUGUCUAACACAGUCCUCAACCUUGGAGCCUACUCUUGCUCCGGUGGCAGUAGAGCGCACUAUGACCACUAGAGCUGCAGCUUCGAAUGCACUACGACAACAGAGAUUUGUACGUGAAGUGACAAUUCAGUUCAACUUAUGCAAUGAGCCUUGGCUUAAAUACAGUAUUAGUGUUGUUGCUGACAAGGGUUUGAAAAAGGCCCUUUUUACAUCUUCACGCUUGAAAAAGGGAGAAGUUCUUUAUUUGGAAACUCAUUCUAAAAGGUAUGAGCUCUGCUUUAGUGGAGAAAAGAUGGUAAAGGCUACAACAUCUCAGAUGAAUGAAAUGGAUGUUGACAAGCCUCAAACUCACAACUUGCACAUGGCAAAUGGAGAAAAAAAUGGAGUGAAUGGUGAGAAUACGAUGGUAGAUAUGUUCCGAUUCUCCCGUUGUAAGAAGCCCCUACCUCAGAAACUUAUGCAGUCACUUGGAAUUCCUUUGCCCCUUGAACAUGUUGAGGUUUUGGAGGAGAAUCUGGAGUGGGAAAACAUCCAAUGGUCACAAACUGGUGUUUGGAUUGCUGGAAAAGAAUAUCCUCUUACUAGAGCACAUUUUCUUUCCCCAAAUUAGGCCAAUGCUUUGUAUGGCGAGCUAUAGGUUUUGGAUAUAGUUUAUCUAGACAAAGAUGUAGUGGAAUUAAUACUGAUUAGAAUCUAAAUUGUUGAAGUCAUGAACAGUGUUAUCCAUGUAAGCAUUAUGCCUAUGUUGAAUUCUUCCUCCA